GACCGUGUGGGAAUGGUCGGUCCACGAACUGGGGGUUGGACCGCUCCGAGCGAAACAGAGCAAAAGAGUUUUUAAAUGUCCGCCAUGUUGUCCAUGGCGCACUGAACCACCGAUAGGGAGCGGAGCGUCGGAAAAAAACAGUCCGAGAGAGAGCGACCGAGAUCCGGGCCUUCCCCCAGCUCCGCUGGCGACGCCCUAAAUCCAAGCUAGAACCUUCCGAACGUUAGAGACUAACCGCACAGAAACAUCCAUGAAAGCUCCACUCGGUGCCGUUGUGAACAUUAGGAGAUCGGAUAGAUUUAUAUUGCAUCUGGAAUUGUAAAAAAAAAAUGAGUAAAUUGUCGUUUCGGGCACGGGCGCUGGACGCUUCCAAGCCACUACCCGUCUUCCGUUGUGAGGAUUUACCCGACUUACACGAAUAUGCAUCCAUUAACCGGGCUGUGCCGCAGAUGCCGACGGGGAUGGAGAAGGAAGAGGAAUCGGAACACCAUCUUCAGCGGGCCAUCUCGGCGCAGCAGGUCUACGGCGAGAAGCGGGACAACAUGGUCAUCCCGGUCCCUGAGGCGGAGAGCAACAUCACCUACUACGACUCCCUCUACCCCGGAGAAUUCAAGAUGCCAAAGCAGCUCAUUCACAUACAGCCUUUCAGCUUGGACACAGAGCAACCAGACUACGACCUGGACGCAGACGAUGAGGCCUUCGUCAACAAGCUGAAGAAGAAGAUGGAGAUCAGCUGCCUUCAGUUUGAGGAGAUGAUCGACCGGCUGGAGAAAGGCAGCGGACAGCAGCUUGUGAGUCUUCCUGAAGCCAAGCUGCUGCUGAAGGAGGACGACGAGCUCAUCAAGGAGGUCUUCGAUUACUGGAGCCGAAAGAGGAAAAACAGCAAGGCCAACUCUUUGAUCCCGACCGUAAAGCAGGAGAGACGGGACGGCUCCAGUACCGGAGACCCUUACGUGGCCUUCCGACGGCGCACAGAGAAGAUGCAGACCAGGAAGAACCGUAAGAACGACGAGGCAUCCUAUGAGAAGAUGCUGAAGCUUCGCAGGGAUCUGAGCAGAGCGGUCACCAUCCUGGAGAUGAUCAAGAGGAGGGAGAAGAGCAAGAGAGAGCUGCUGCACCUGACACUGGAGAUAGUCGAAAAGCGAAAUUCCAUGUCAGACUUUGGUGGAGAAAUCAUGGCAGAGGUUCUGGCUGAGCGGGCGCUGGUGAGGCCACAGAUCAUUCCCCUGGUCCCGCUCACCAAUCAGUACCGACAUCAGGACCACAUGGAAUCCAAGGACUACAAGUCUAAGCCUGAGAAGGCAGAACCUUCGCGGCAAAAACGGAAAUACGAAAAGAAGCCGAAGAUGUUGCCGUUGUCAUCAGGAAUGCCCCACCAUCCGGGUCCUGUUGUGUUCAAUGCUAAAGACCUGAACCAGUACGACUUUCCCAGCUCUGACGAUGAGCCCUUCUCCCAGCUCCACUCAGGCUCAUCUGAAGCAGAGGAGGAGAACGACCCCGAUGGAGCCUACGCCUUUCGCAGGAAAGCUGGCUGCCAGUACUUUGCUGCUCGUCCAGAUCUGGUGGGUAGUUGGCCGUGGAGCGGUCCUUGGGAAGGCGGUUUGGCAGAAGCUCGCUUUCGUUACAGUCUCACUACACUGACUGUGCCACGCCGAUGUCUGGGCAUGACACGGCGGCGUGUGGGGCGAGGCGGCAGGGUCUUGCUGGACAGGGCGUGCACUGACGGCGACAACGUGUUCCACCAACUGGACCUGGAGGCCACGGACCUGCCGCCACUAGCUUCUCCUUCACCUCCUCCUCCCUCUGCGACUUCGCGCUCACUGGCACCAGACACAUUUGCGGGCACCUCAGAAACGAAUACCUCGGACAGAAGUUCCACCUCCUCCAACAACCCCUCCGUUCCCCCGACCACCUCUCCUUCUUCCACGGACCUCAGCCAGAUACUGUCUAAUAUAAAGUCCUGCCGCUGGAGGCACUUUAGACCACGGACACUACCACUACAUGAGCUGGACAACGCCCACCCUCUGUUCAGGAGGAUUAGUCGAAGCGUGAAGCGUCCGCUCUCCGCCACCGGGGGGAAACCAUUUGGAUUGCAGCGGCCAGCGAGGGCUGUCCCUCCUCCCACACCUGUUGCUGCUUUCACAGCAGAACAGUACCAGCAGCAUCAGGAGCAGCUGUCUCUGAUGCACAAACAGCAGCUGGAGCAGGUCCAGCAGCAACACCAAGCCAACAGCACUGCCAACAGCAGCCAGAGCAUGGCCAACACGUUGGACCAGGCUAGUGCUCAGUUCGCCGCCUCAGCCCUCGUUACCGCCGAACAACUGCUGGUUCUGAAAACGAAGGACGAACUGGCCCCUGGAGGCGGAGUCAAUGGCAUCCUCUCCUCAGGUGUCUAUAAGGGCUUGCCGCUCACUAGCACAGCGUCCCCCGCCGCCCCGGCUCCAACCUCGACCCCGACGUCCGCCCAGCUCCACCCCUGCUCCACCACGCUCAGCUCGGCCACCAGUAACAACGGCACCGCCCAUCCCGCCAACACCACUAGCACCAACACCGCCACUCAGGUCCUGCUUGGAAACAACAACAGCCUCCGUCUAGGAAUCCCCGCCAGUAAACGCGUCCACGCCCCCCGGACGCUGAGCGCCACCAUGCCGACAUCCGCCUUAAAGCUCGCCCACCCAGCAACCGCCAACUGUCAGAAACAAAAGGUGGCCACAGCCUCCACCUCUCCGCUGGACAUGGUGCCCGGGGAGAAUCUGGAACAAGACAAGCCAGCACUGAACAGUCUGUCAGAGAACACAGUGGCCAUGGAGGUCACGUAGCCUCGGGCUAACGGCUGCGAGGGAAACGUGACCCAUCAUUUUCUUCUGUUUUUUUUUAUUUAUUUUUUUUUUGGGUGCUAUGCAUCAUUUGGUAGUCGUGAAUGCAAGCGGUGGCUGAAUGAGCACGGCAAGGUUGGGUUUCCAUGGCGACCGUUUUGGGACUUAAUUGCAAUGCUAGUCUCGUACAAAUUUUUUUCGUUAACUCCCCGCCCCGCCCAUAUUUCCCUGUUUGUUACUGUUAAUAAGAGAUCGUCUGUAAAUUCUUAAUAUGGCAAUUAUAUGUACAGUACUGCAUAUUUGUAAUAUCCCGCCCCCCCCUCCACCCCGCUCUUGUAUAUAACAUUACUUGAAUACAGAAUUGUUCAUUUGUGAUGUUUUGCACUCGAGAUAUAAAGUUAAAAAAAAAGUUAAAAGAGAAAACAACAAACUGCAACUGGUUCAAAAUACGAUGAGUGAAAGUUGUACCACAGAAAAGUGUGUCUUCACAUGCAUGGUGCAGAACCUGCUGUUGGAUCUAUUUAUUGUGCCGUGUUUACAAAGUUUUUCUUUUUUUAUUUUCCAGUUCAUGUCAUUUUUAUUUUUUUUUGUUAAAUUUUUAAAUACACUGUACCUCCCACCGGUGCCCCAUGCUGUAGUCGGUGUUUAGCAACGUUUCUAGAGCUAUUUUUAAACCUGGUUUUGGUUUGACAUCCUUCCACAUCAGUGGUGUUGAAUCCAUGGAGACGCAGGCCGGUAGAUGAGGGGGUUUGUUUGGCAUCACUUUCAGUCUCAACUAAGCUCUUCCAUACCUUUUUAUUCCUGAGACAAGUAACAAAACAAUUGGGAUGAAGACUUUCCCAGAAGACUUUGCUGCUUCUGACGUAUCUAAGCACUAUAUGAUUUUUUUUCUAUAAUUGACUGAUGCUGCUUUUGUAUGAUUUUUCUUUGCCGUUUGGGUUCCACUGGACGGCCUCAUUUUUUUCUGUUUCCUCCACAUCUCAAUUUUUUUUUUAAAUAAAUAUUUUUGUAUCGCCCCCCCCUCCUUUUUUUUAUUUUAAAAUUGCUCAUGGAAGACAUCAUUCUUUUGUUACUUGUUGCUCUAAAAAUAUAUAUAUGUAAGGGAGUAAAAAAAUGCAGUAACUGACAUUUAUCAUUCCAGCCUCUAUGUAAUAACAAAUGUGUAAGAAUUGAAAAAAAAAAAAAAGAAAUUAGACGUUUUCUCUACUUAAAAAAAAAAAGUGAUCCUGAAGGCUGAAAGGCCAUGAACCACAUGCUAUCGGGUGCCUUCAUUUGGGGAAAAAUAAAAACUUAUAUAUAAAAAAAAAAGUGCUCUCUUCUGUGAAGAGUUUGGUACUGAACAAGGCUACUUGUAGUUUUUCUUUGUCUGUACCACAAUCCCAAUGCCCAUUCCAGUGGCCCAGUUUGAUUCAUGACUCUUUGUUUUCUGUUUGUUUUUGUAGACCCAACCCACCCCCCCACACACACACA